AUGGCAUCAACAGUGGUAGAGACGGAAACUUCCUCAACUACCUCAACCACUAUUAAUCUCUCGGUUUUUCCUGAUGGACUGAAAACAUCGGGACAACACCCACCCGUGUAUUCACGAGUUCGUCCAUACAGUGACUUUCCAAAGGUCCAUGGCGGGCCUACUGUCUGGAAGGCCGAGGACUAUCGCGAAAAGCCAGAGCUUUGGACUCAUACAUUCACCGAUGAGGAAAUUAAAGAGCUGGAAGCCGUCACGGACGACUUCAUCCAGAAAGACUUGCCUCUGACGGGUAUCUCCAAGGCAAACUUCCCCCUUCCCAAGCUUUCGAAUCGGCUCGAAGCCUUGCGAAAGGAUUUGAUCGAUGGCAAAGGCUUUUUCCUAUUCAAGGGCAUUCCGGUCCGUGAGUGGGAUCUUCGUAAAUGUGCCACUGCCUACAUGGGUCUUGGAACCUAUUUGGGAUACUUCACCAGCCAGAACGGCCGUGGACACGUUCUAGGCCAUGUCAAGGAUCUUGGAGAGGAUCCUACCAAGACUGAUAGGGUUCGCAUUUACCGCACCAAUGCUCGCCAAUACUUCCACACGGAUGGUUCUGACAUCGUGGGACUUUUGUGCAUCGCCAAAUCCCUUUCUGGGGGUGAAUCCGACAUUGUCUCCACACACCAUCUAUUCAACGUGCUUCAAGAGAGACACCCCGACGUUGUCGAAACCCUGGUCGAGCCGAAUUGGUAUUUCGAUCGCAAAGGCGAGGUCUCGGACGGACAAGAUCCCUGGAUUCGUGGCAGCAUCUUUUACCUCGAGAAUGAGCGCGCCGGCGACAACCCUCGGGUCUAUGCGAGAUUCGACCCGAUGAACGUCACUUCUCUAUCGCGAUUCAACUCAGGCCCAAACGCCAAAAUCCCCGCUCUCUCAGACAAGCAGAAGUACGCGAUGGAGAUCUUCGAGAAAACCUGUGGUGAACUUGCUCUGCACAUGAUUUUGGCACCCGGGGACAUUCAGUUCCUCAGCAACUCGCACGUCUUUCACGCGCGAACGGCCUAUACUGACCAUCCUCCCGGCGCGGUCGACGAGGAUGGCCAGCCCGCCCGGCGACGACACCUGAUGCGACUUUGGCUUUCUGCGCCCGAGUCUGAAGGAGGUUGGAAACUUCCCUAUCAUGACACACUUGAGAAGAAGCGUGGUGGUAUUCAAGUUAAUGAUCAGCCGCCGGUUUGCCCAUUGGACGCCGAGUGA